AAGCGGUAUUUGUUCGAAUUUAUUCAGAGAAACAAAGAUGUCGAUGACUUUACCUUUCAUGAAACAUUAGAAGUCUGUCUAUGUCGUCUACUGUGUGUAUCGUAAAGUGUUGAUAACAAGCCGAAAAUAUGUCUGCCAAGAUCCCCAGUUCCCUUCAGGUGUGCGUCAAGGUUCGUCCUUGCGAGGCCGAGCUCACGUCCCAUUGGCAGGUGAAUGAAGGUCGCUCCAUCCACCUGGCGGACGGCCAUGCGGAGCCCUAUGUCUUUGACUACGUUUUCGACGAGGGCACCAGCAACCAGGAGGUGUUCGACCGUAUGGCCAAGCACAUCGUGCACGCCUGUAUGCAGGGCUUCAACGGAACUAUUUUCGCCUACGGCCAGACAUCAUCGGGGAAGACCUACACGAUGAUGGGCGACGGCCAGAUGCCGGGCGUCAUGGCGCUGGCCGCCAAAGAGAUCUUCCAGCAGAUCUCCAGUGACACGGAACGCGACUUCCUGCUGCGCGUGAGGUUCAUAGAGAUCUACAACGAGAAGAUCUAUGACCUGCUGAACAAGAAGAACCAAGACCUGAAGAUCCACGAGGCCAGCAAUGGGGUCGUGAACGUGAACUGCGAGGAGUGCAUCAUAACCAGCGAAGACGACCUUCUGCGUCACCUCUGUAAUGGCAACAAAGAGCGAACCGUGGGCGAGACCAACAUGAACGAGCGCUCCAGUCGCUCGCACGCUAUUUUCCGCAUAAUCAUUGAGUCCAGGAAGUCGGACCAAAGCGACGAUGACGCCGUAGUCCAAAGCGUGCUGAACAUGGUGGAUCUGGCUGGAUCGGAUCGCGUGGACCACACUGGUUCCCAAGACCAUAUAAACAGCAACAUAAUCCUCGGUAAUGUGAUUAAGAGCCUGUCCGAGCACGUGGACAACAAGUUUAUUAGCUUUCGCGAUUCCAAACUCACUCGCGUCCUGCAGGCAUCGCUUUGUGGCAAUGCUUUGACCUCCGUCAUAUGUACGAUCAAGCCCUGGAUCAUAGAGGAGUCGCAAUCCACCCUUUGCUUGGCCACACGUGCCAGCAAGAUCCGCAUCAAGCCGCAGGUCAACGAGGUGGACUCUGAUACAACGAUGUUGAUACGUGUGGACCGCGGAAUUAAGAACCUGAAGAAUAAGCUUGCCGAAGAGGAGCGCAAGAAAGAAAGCCAGCUGGUAGUGCAGGAUCUGGAGCGCCGCAUCAAGCGCGACAUGCUCAAGAUUAUUUCGAGCACUUCGCUAAGCGACCAACGUCUCCAGAAGCGGCGCCGCAAUAGGGCUUUCUCCAACUCGGGCUCCGAGAGCGAGAUUGCCGUAACCUCGUUGCCCGUUUUGCCAGAGGAAUCCCGCCUGCCCCGACCGUUGAAGAUGUCCAGCCUACCAAAACCCAUGUUUUUCCCUAACAGUGGCCUUUCUCACCGACGGGAGAUCGCUCCCAAAACCAUCGGGGUCUAUCAGUCUCUAAAGGACGAGUUUAUUCCAGGUGAUAUGGAGAAUAGAAUUGGACAGCCUAAACUGUUGGAGGCAGAGGCGGCCAGAAGUAAUCCAUCUGAAAUUAAUCAGAUUCCCAAACAGGAUCAGGAGUCCAUGGCAAACUGCCAUGCCCUGCAAGUCGAGGUCUCUGCUCUUACUGCAUCCAACCAGGUAGCGAAGGAGACGAUCGAGAAUUACGAGGAGCAGGUAAAGACGCUAAAGAAGACUAUCGAGCGACUGGAGAUGGAGAACCGCGAGGCAGUGAAUCUGGGGCUGCGCUUUGAGUCCCACAAGACCAAGUCCAAGGAGAAGGAGACCGAACUGCUCACGGCCCUCUCUGAGAAGGAUUCGACCAUCGAGGGCCUGCAGCAGUCCCUCAAGGAACUUUCCCGAGAUGUGCUGCGCAAUAGCAAGGAGGACCACAUGCGUUCCAUGUGCCCGGACCUUGAGUCCAGCUGCGAGAGAAUCUGCAAUAAGUGCCACGAGUUGGAGCGCCUUCUGCCCAUUGCGGACGUCAAUGGACUCGAGACAAUCGCUUGCCAAUGUGAUCAGCUGCGAUCCGAGAUUGCUGCCACUCGGAUCAAGUUGGAAAGCGUUCAGUCAGCCUUUAGCCAGGCAAGCUGCGAGGUUUCCCAAAAGACCACCGACUGCGAGCGCCUCUCCAGACAGAUUUCCACGGCCCAGGAUGACUUUGGACAACUGCAGGGAAAGUAUAACAGCCUGGAGCAGCAGUGGCUGGGUCAACAACUCGCCAUCGAGACCAUGCAGGCUGAUUACUAUGCCAUCCAGCAAAAGUACCAGAAGCUGCAGGAGGAGUACGAGCAUCUGGAAAAAAGAUCCGACGAACAGUGCCAGCAGCUGCAGGCUGAAAAUACGAAACUGCAGGAAGAGAUUGGAACUCUCAAGGGUCGAGUGGAGGAAGCCCAGCGCAAGCUUUUGGAAGUUCCGAACCCCGAGUAUCUUGCAGAAGAGUUCAAGGCUCAAAAUCAAGAGCUCAAGGCGCAACUCUCUGACUUGCAGUCCAAAUUUAACGGCAUUCAGAUAGAGUACGACUGCCUUUCCAGCGAGCUGAUGGAAAGUGUCCUAGAGGGCGAGGCUCUGAGGGAGGAGAUCAAGCAGCGCCAAAGCAGCUAUGAUUUGGAGUCUAUGAAGAGUUCCGGCGUGGGCACCGAGUGUAGCGAGCCGGACAAUAACCCAGACACAGACAGUGACCUCAUGGAGCAGUUUGUCAAGCUGUCAGAGUCCAUUCAGCAGAUUGAACUCCAGCAUCAUUCCGGCUUCACCUGCCUCUUCAUAGUCAACAGACUGGAGCAGGACGAGAGUGUGCCACGCUUCAAGCUUUGCCUUGAGUCUGCAGAGGACUUAGAGGGUGAUACUAGUCAGCAAGAUACAUCCGACUCUGUUUGCCUAAAAGGCUUUCUGAAGCGUCAAAGAUUUAGGAUUGUGAGAAUGAGUCAGGAGGAGGUAUGUAUGCGAGAGGAAGACCGACUUCGAAAUAUAAUUUCCCAAUUGGAGCUGGAAGUCGAAAAUCAAAAGGCGUUAAUUAAGGACGAAGAGGCAAUUAUACACGAGAUGCGCGAGCAGGUGACCACCCUAAAGUCUGACCUUCUGGAGAAAAACGUGUUAUUGAACAAGGUUGAAGAUUAUCAGCGGCAAAUAGAUGCCUUGCAAAAACAAAAUGCGGAAAUGACAAAUUCGUACAAACAGUUGCAAGAUGAGGUUACAAAACAGAGCCCGAUGAACGAGAGUCUUCUUGAAAUUCCGGCUGAUGAGGAUACCAUUCCAAAAUGUCGUGCAUCUUCCAUUGAGGAAGAUCAGGAAUCGAAGGAAGUUGCUACUCUUAAGGCAGUUCUAGCUGAGUUAAAAACUAAGGUAUGUGAUCUGCAGGCCGAACUGGAAAGCCAGUUAAAGCAGAUGCAGCUGAAGGACAAGAACAUCGCCAAACUGCACUCGCAUGUUGAGGAAAUGGGCGAACGCUGUUUAUCAAUGGGACAGAGGCUGACGGAGUUGGAAGAGGAUUCCCGGCAAAAGCAAGAACUACUGGACCGCCAAGGGCAGAAACUGUUCGAUGACGUUUGUCUCAUAGACCAGCUUCAGGAAAAGAAUGCGAAACUCGAGGACCGCAGUGUCAAAGCGGAAGAAUCUCUACAACUGGAGAAGAACAAGCAGGAGCAGACUAUUGAUUCCUCCGAAUACAAACAACAAAUCGAGGUACUCGAAGAGUCGCUAAAGAAAGCUCAAGAAGAGCUGCGUAUCCUGGAGAAGAGUAAGACGAAUGAGAUCAACGGCCUUAAGCUGGAAUACAUGACGAAGAUUGAGUCGAGCGAGAUCGAGAACCGCGCCAAAUUCCGCUCUUAUAGCCUGGAGAUGGAGGAAAGCAAAGAUCGAUAUGAGAGCAGUGUGGCCUUAUUGAAAGAACAACUAAUGAAGGCCGGGGAAGAGCUCUCCAGUGUUACUGCUCGCUUUCAGGCGGAGUUGAAAGGGAUUAAAUGUAAACUUCAGGAAAAAAUUAGUCAGGCCGAGGAGGAAAGGAAUAUAUUAAAUGCCGAACACCAGGCAGAGCUAGAAAAUAUCCGUGAAAUUCUUAAGGAGACAUUGGCUGGCGCCGAAGCAAAGCAGGCCAAGAUUAAAGAUGCUUACAAGGCGGAAAUAAGCGAUGUACGAGCCACUUUGAAGGAGCAGCUAAGCCAAGCAGAGGAGGAGCGAGAGAAGGCAGAGGCGAGGCUUCAGGAGAUGAAAAAAUCUCUGGAGGAGUUGGAAGUUCAUAAUAGCGCAAUGAGAAGUACAAUUGCUGAGAUGAAAAAAAGGAAAUCUGAGCAGGACUUGGCAUUGGAAGAAGUCAGAAUAGAAAAGCGCCAACUAGAGGAACUGUACGAUCAAGAGAUGCAAUUACGCUCUCGUGACCAAAACGGCUUGGGGGCACAAACCAACGACAAGAUCAAUGAGCUCCAGGAAAAGUGUGGGCAGCAGGCUCUGGACUUGGAUAAGCUGAGGCAGGAGAAGUUGACCUUGCAAUCGGAGAUUCAGGAUGCCAAUGCACAGCACACGAGCACCUUCCGAAAACUUCAGGAACUUGAAGCGGAAAUGAAUGUUCUGAGCAAACAAAAGGAGUUGGAGAAGUCUGAUUUAGAGAACAAAGUCGAAACUUUCAAUGCCAAGAUAACAGAUCUCGAGGAAGCACUGCAUUGUGCUAAGAUCAAGAUCCUUACCCACGAGGGUCUAAUUUCCCAGCACGAACGAUUGACAAUCUGUCUUUCCGAGGCAAACGAAUUAUCGGGCACAUUGCGAGAAAAGGUGGAGCGCCUGCACUCGGAACUGCUUAGCUCACAGAAAGAUAUCUCUAGUCGAGAUGCAGAAAUUAAACAGCUUCGCUCUGACCUAUUUGACGCCAUGGAUGCAAAGACAAUUGCUGGCAUGGAGCGAGUAGAACUGUCAAUGCAGCUGAAGGAAGUCGAGGAGAAGAUAUCAAUCCAGGAAGGCAGUUUCAAAAGCGAAGUGAAAGAUCUCAAGGGUUCCAUAAUCGAGCUGGAGCUUAAGCUCACAUCGCUACAAGAAAUUAAAAAUAAACUAGAGACUGGAAAUGAGGAACUUAAAGUUAAGUUGAAAAAUGCCGAUGAUCUGCAGGACAGGCUGGAAAAGGAGCAGAAGUUGUGUGCUUCUCUAAAAGAAGAUUUCGCAAAAUUGGAAGAAGUCAAAACUGAUCUCGCCGAGCAGAUACGAGCCAAGGAGGCAGAAGUCGAUCACAAAACGAAGGAACUGAAACUGGAAGUGGAUGUGGCCCAAAACAAAGUAGAAGAACUAACCAGAGAGUGCGAAAACCUUCGCUCCGAUCUGCAAUCCAAAGAGAGGGCUUUUUGGAUGGAAAAGGAACUGUUGGAUGGCACCAUUUCUAAUCUGCAGAAAGACAAGCGCAUCGUGGAGGACAAGUUUUGUAUGCUUAACGAGGAGCUCACAAAGGAAUGUGAAAAGCUACGAACAACACUGAAAUCCAACGAAUCCGAUUUGCUGAAGAGCAAACAAGAACUGGCGGAAAAGCUGUCUAUCCUUGAGAAGAAGGAUAAUGACCAUGCUCGUCUUAUGGCCCAGUUCGCGUCCAAAGAGGCAGUUUUUGCAUCGCUGCAAGAAGACUCAACCAAGCAAAAACAAAGCCUCGAAAUGGUUGAAAGGCUCGCAAAGGAGUGCGAGACGUUACGAUCGACUGUGAAAUCCAGGGAAACCAAUUUCCGAGCGGAAAAGGAACGCAUGGACGGUACCAUCUCCAUUCUAAUGGAAGACAAGCGCAACCUUGAGGAAAAGUUGUGCACGGUCACCGAGAUUAUGACCAAGCUCGAGCUUGAACUGGCGGCUUUUCAAGCGGCUAAUGUGAACGGAGGCAACGUGUCCCUUAAACCGAGUUCCUCCAAUAUGUCGCCCACAUCUGCAUCUGCCUCCUCUGCUAAGAAAACCGUGGACCGCAUUGGUGUUGCCAGUGUGUCAAGGAAAUCGAUCAGCUUUGAGGUGAGGAAGAAUCGACGCAUCACGGCUUACGAUGAGCACCGGAAGCAGUCGUGCUGGAACGACUUUCGGGAUUGCGGAACUAUGACGGAUUCCGUGGAUAGUAAUUGCCAUUGUUCCGAGCUGAGCUUAGAACACAGACUGAAUCCGGGAUGGAAACCAUCCUAAGUAGGAUAAUUAUUGAAUGAAAAGAUGCUCGAAAAUAUUCGCGUCCGAAACGAUAACCUAACGGAGUUGAUGGAGAUAGUUAAAAUAAGUUUUCUGAGAAAACAAUGCACUUAAGGUGUCAGUAUUGAUUCCUUUUCUUUUUUUGUUAACCUUCUGUAAUUAAUUACGGUCAGCUCUUCAUGUUUCCAUACACAAUGCGAAUAAAGAAACCGAAAUCGCCACUCUGCGAGAAAAAUAGGA